CAUCCAUCCGCUUCGCAGUACUAGUCCUCGAUGCUCUCCCGGUCCCUCCGCCCCGCUGGCCUCCGCUCGCUCCUUGCGCGCAGCUUGAGCCACAAGCCGUCCAAGAAGGACGCCUUCUCGAUGACCAAGAUUGUGGGCACGAUUGGCCCCGUCUCGGAGAAUGCCAAGACGACGCAGGAGCUCACGAACGCCGGUCUCAAGAUCAUGCGCAUCAACUUCUCGCACGCGACGUACGACGAAGCACUUCUCCGCAUGUCGCACCUCCGCGCGUCCAAGGGCGUGCAUGCCAAGGCGACUGGCAGCGAGUUCAACGUCCGCGCUGUCCUUCUGGACACGCAGGGCCCCGAGAUCCGCGGUGGCGCCUUUCCGGAGAAGAAGGUCGAGCUGCUCAAGGGCAACAAGAUCACGCUCACGACCGAUCUCCAGUACAAGGAGGCGAGCACGGCGGACCUCUUGUACGUGACGUACGAGCAGCUGCCGAUGACGGUCAAGGUCGGCGACACGAUCUUGCUCGACGACGGCCUCAUCUCGCUCACGGCCGAGUCGGUCGACCUUGCGGCGGGCCAAGUGCACUGCCGCAUUGAAAACACCGAGAUGCUCGGCUCGCGCAAGGGCGUCAACCUCCCGGGCCUCGUUGUCGACCUCCCGGCGCUCACGGCCAAGGACAAGCAGGACGUCGAGUUUGGUGUCGAGCACGACAUGGACUUUAUCGCCGUCUCGUUCGUGCGCAAGCCCGAAGACGUCCGUGACGUCAAGGACUUUGUCAACUCGGUCAUGCCCAAGUACUGGCCGUCGUCGCACCCGGCGCCGCUCAUCAUCUCCAAGAUUGAAAACUACGAGGGCGUGACCAACUUUGACCGCAUCCUUGAGGUCUCGGACGGCAUCAUGGUGGCCCGCGGCGACCUUGGCGUCGAGAUCCCGAUGCACCAGGUGCUCACGUGCCAGAAGGACAUGGUGGCCAAGUGCAACGCCGUCGGCAAGCCCGUCAUCGUCGCCACGCAGAUGCUCGAGUCGAUGAUCCGCAACCCGCGCCCGACGCGCGCCGAGAUCCUCGAUGUCGGCAACGCCGUCUUGGAUGGCGCCGACGCCGUCAUGCUCUCGGGCGAAGUCGCCCAGGGCAAGUGGCCCGUCGAGUCCGUCUCGACCAUGAUGUCGGUCGUCAAGGAAGCCGACGCGUACACGAAGCGCGAGCAGUACAAGACGGACGCGCUCUCGCAGCAGGAGGCGGUCGCGAGUGCGGUCGCGACGACGGCCAAGGCGCUCCACGCGGCCAUGAUUGUCGUCAUGACCGAGACGGGCGACGUCGCGCGCCUUGUCUCCAAACACAAGCCGAGCGUGCCCGUCAUGUGCUACACGACGAGCCAGAAGGUCGGCCGCCAGCUCCAGGUGCACCGUGGCCUCUACCCGAUCGUGGCGCCGACCAAGUGCAAGAUGAACUUGCACGACGCGAUCUUGACGGCCAAGAAGCUCGGCUGGCUCCACAGCGGCGACAAGGUCGUCAUGCUCUCGAGCGACUCGGCCAAGCACGAGAUGGGCCAGCAGUUCGUCAUGCGUGUGGCCACCGUCGACGAAGCCAACUAAGCGCUCGCCGCUUGUAGUUAAUAGUAAUACCACACUUAUGUAACACUCAA